AUGUACCCUCCCACAUUUAUGACCCCCACCACAAAAUCUCUUUCCAUAUCUCCUUACAUCUUUUCAUAUGAUCCCUCCCACUUUUCUAUAUCUCCUUAUAUCUUUUCAUAUGACCCCCUCACACUUUUUUCUAUAUCUCCUUACAUCUUUUCAUAUGACCCCUCCCACUUUUCUAUAUCUCCUUACAUCUUUCCAUAUGACCCCCUCACACUUUUUUCUAUAGCUCCUUACAUCUUUUCAUAUGACCCCUCCCACUUUUCCAUAUCUCCUUACAUCUUUUCAUAUGAUCCCUCCCACUUUUCUAUAUCUCCUUACAUCUUUCCAUAUGACCCCCUCACACUUUUUUCUAUAGCUCCUUACAUCUUUUCAUAUGACCCCUCCCACUUUUCUAUAUCUCCUUACAUCUUUUCAUAUGACCCCUCCCACUUUUCUAUAUCUCCUUACAUCUUUUCAUAUGACCCCUCCCACUUUUUCUUUAUCUCCUUACAUCUUUCCAUAUGA